UCUCUGAAUCGUCAUGGCAUGGCGGGUCCCAAGCGGUGCGUUGCAGCUGCGCCGUCGAUGCGCGCGGUUCAGCACCCAGCGCGACUUCUGGCAGAAGAUCGAUGAACAAUACCUCGCAAAGGAGUUGCAGGACAUUGCCAGAUCUGCCCAUGAAGGGCAGUCUCCAGACACCACUCUCUUUGAUCCCAAGGUGCGCCUACGCCCAAGUCGCCGGCCAAGCAUGGUUGCUGCUGUUGCUGAAGCAACGAGACCGUUUCCAAUGGAAGACCAGGCCGACUUUCAGAAGAGCCAAAAAACGAAGCCAUGGCUUCACUACGAAAGCCUGCGGGGUCAAACAUACCCAUCAGGUGGUUUUCCCCCUCGUUACCAAGAUCUCACCCAUGCAGAAGCGCAAAGACUUCAGGAGAUGUACAUGCGCAAGAAGAUGAUGGAUCGGAAAAUCCUUUGGCUAAAGCAAUCGCAGCUGCCCAAUCCUCAGAGAGAGGCAAAGAUGUCGCUGCGAAUGCAGAAACGACGAGAAGAGGAGGAGAAGGCCGUGGCUAGCGGUGGGGACAUGUACCCUAUGCCAUUUCAGGACAUCCACCCUGGCAGCCGAAAAUUGCAGAAGAUGGAAGAAGGAGCACGUUUGGAAGAGCUGGAGAGCCGCUUCAGGGCACGAAUUCGCCAGCAGAAGGUGGAGAAUGCUCGCAUUCUGAAGGCGAACCAACCGCAGGUGGGUGAGCUGAUUCUGGACCCCAUCCAGCGGCACGUCCAGCGACGCUUGGUGCGGCAGCGUGAGAAGAUCCAUGCUGGCUUGGAGGGCUUCCUCAGUCACAACAGCGCCCAAAUCCUAUACGAACACCUCGGUGGAGCGGCGGUGAGCAUCGUUCGCAUUCGCGCCAAACGGCCGCGAUGCACACAGGAAAUCCAGUACAACUUGACGUCAGACCACGACCCAGACUGGGUGCAACGGCAGCUGAACAUCCUUGCGCCCAAACUGCGGUCUCAAUUCGCCCUGAAGGUGAACAUGGGGAUGACGCCCAACAUCAAAUUUGUGCCCUACCUGCAGUCCCAGGAAGUGCGCAGAAGAUACAUUUGGCGGUUUGCCAAGGCCAUCAAGGACAGGACACCCGUGGGUGGUGGCUUCGGGACAAAGUUGCCCAUCGUCAUUGAUUCCCAAACGAAGAGCGGACCCACUUUCAAGGAGAAAAACGAAGGGUGCAAGAUGUGCAAGACAGCUUCGAUUCAGAGCGGAUGCUCUCGUAUUUUGUGA